AUGGCUGCAGAGCUGACGUCAACGAAGCUCAAUGCGGAGAAUCAUCUGCUCCUGGAUCAGCCUCUUCUACGAUUACCUCACGAGCUUGCACGGAGAAACUUCAAAUCUGUUCAACGACUUGUCGAGAGGGAAAGGGAAUAUGUCAUUCACGCGCUCAAAGAGGCCGCCAAUGCCUCCCUGUCAAAUGAUCAGACACCGGAUCAAACUCUCGCGGCUCUCGACUCUAUGUUGGCUCGCAUGCAAAACCUGAAACGGAAAAUGGAAAGUAUCCAGCAAGAGGAGAAGAAAAUCCAAAACCAGUCACGAAAACGUAUACAGCAUCUGGAGCAUCUGCACCAAAUUCCCAGCUUGGCAGAUGUCAAAUAUGACCAGUGGUCCAGGAUUAGGCUGGAUAGGCUGGUGGUUGAUCACAUGCUGCGUUCCGGGUACACUGAGAGUGCUCAGCGGUUGGCCCAGGAGAAGGGCAUCGAAGACCUAGUUGAUCUGGAUGUCUUCGUACAGUGCCAAAGGAUUGCUCAGAGCUUGCGCCGUGGGGAAACAAAGGACGCUUUGCGGUGGUGUAACGAGAACAAAGCGGCGUUGAAGAAGAGCCAGUUCAAUCUGGAGUUUGAAUUACGCCUGCAGCAGUAUAUCGAAAUGCUCAGGACAGGUGAUAGAGGAAAGCUCAUGGACGCUAUGGCACAUGCCAAACGAUAUCUUACUCCGUAUACCGAAACGCAAUCAAAAGAAAUUCAUCGAGCAGCAGGACUACUCGCCUUCCCUCAGGACACUAAGGCUGAACCGUACAAGACUCCAUCUUGCCAUUCCGCAUAUACCUCCUCGAGCUCCAACUCUUUAUCUACUGCGACAUCCGUAUGCCCCAUAUGCUCGACUGAGCUGAAUGAACUAGCGCGUAAUAUGCCGUACGCCCAUCAUGCUAAGAGCUAUGUUGAAAGUGACCCGAUUGUCUUGCCAAAUGGUAGGAUUUACGGUCAGCAGCGGUUACUAGACAUGAGCAAGAAACUUGGCUGUGUCGAAACAGGCAAGGUGAAGGAUCCCACCACCGGCGAGAUCUUCGACGAGAGUGAAAUGAAAAAAGUUUACAUCAUGUAG